AUGGACCCUCGACCCUCAGAGAAACGCGCGCCCGCGCCGGAGCGCUUCCGCGGAAGCACGACGUACGCGUCCGUCGACGCGCUGGACGGUCGUGACCAGACCCCGAGGGACGACUUAUUCGCGCUGCUGUACAUGCUCGCGGAGUGCCACGAGGGGACGCUGCCGUGGCGGUCGCUCAAAGACGCGGCGACGGUGGCGGAGGACGAAUGCGUGAAAGCCGCCAUCAAAGAGAGCAAGUCUCGAUGCGCGGCGAACCCGACGCUGUUGUGCCCGUCGCAGGGUACCCCGGACGCGCUGUGUAAGUUCAACGAGAUCUUGAUGCGCGCGAGGGAGGCUCCGAACGACGCCGCGCUGCCGGAUUACGACGCGCUGCGGGCGUUGAUGGUGGGCAUGGCGGGAAGCGCGGACGCCGCGGACCGCGCGCGGAGGAAAGCCAAGUUAGACUGGGAGAUCAAGGACGAGCCCGGGCUCGGCGCGGGUCCCGGCGGGGAUAGGUCAGCAAGCGCGCCGUCGUACGCCGCGGUCGCCGCCGCGGGGGGUGGAGGGGGCGGCGGCGGCGGCGGUGGCGGACACGGUGUCGGACAACAGCCCGUCGGACAGAAAAGGCCGCCGCCGCGGGACUCGCUCGUGAAACUCGCGAGGGCGAACCCGGCGGCGUUGCCGCCGGCGGUGACCUCGCUCACGCAACAGGUUCUGAACACUUUAGACAUCGAGAACGUGAUCGCGCACUGCGCCGGGUGCUUAUCCGGCGUCGUGGACGUGCACAGCAUGGACGACGUCGUCGGCGAAGUGACGGAUGCGUUUUUGAACGACUUCGCGGACAUCAUCGCGGAGGUGAAGGAACGACUCGCUUCGAAACGCGCGCGGCGAUAGCGUUACAUAUGAUAUACAGUAUCUUACAAC